GGUCGAGCUCUGUGAUCCCCGCAUAAGGGAUCUCAAUUUGGAGAUUCGGCAUAUGGUAAAUCAGCACAAGCGGACGGAGUGGGUGGAGCACUUGAAAUCCUUUAACCUCUCCGCCGGUGUGAGUAAGCUCUGAACUACUUUCAAGUGCCGGUCAAAUCCGAAGAGACAUCACGAUCGGGUCAAAAGAUGUGUUAACUGACGGCGACUCAGACAGAGUAGACAUGAAACUUAUCGUUCCAUAACUCCCCUUUCCCCAGUAGUAAAGAUAUUUGAGGCCUUGUUUCCCCAACCUUCACCCACCAUCUGAGUCUAGCAGACCAUCCACAUAGCUUCCGUAAAGUGCACAGCACCACCACAGCACUUAGCGUCAUAAACGCCCAGAUAAUACAACUUGACACUUAUCUAACGCCCCUCUCUCUUUGGUCCGAACCCGUCGAAGCAGUCCUUCCUGAGCCUAUCGUUAGAUAAUUUCCAUGACGAACCUUGCUACCCUAACAGCUAUUAAAUAACCGCUACAAUCACCACUGCCAACGCUUUCUUAACCCUAAACCCUGCCUCGCAAAUCCCAUCCGUGAGAAAAAUAGUAGUACGAAACAAAUAUAAAGACGCAUGUAUAAAAAGAAAAAAAAGAAGCAGAAGUUGCUACCAAAACAACAAGUAAACAACAGAUACACACACCACCGGUUUAUGGAAUAAUCCAAAAGCAAACACAAAUGCAUGAAUUCAAUACGGCAUACUCGUGUACCAGACCAAUAAGUAAAACAAUUUAAUUAUAUUUAUACAAAGGUUAAAAUAAACACGUGGGUAGAUGUGUUGGCAAAUAUCGAACACAGUAUUUGCAUCGGCUGGAUUGCUAAUGAACGGCGGUAUCACUGGCGCAGCAGCCAUUGCAUAUAUUUGUCUGAUCUAGCCUCUGCGACUGGCUAUAAUGGCUAUAAAAUCUCCUUGUUUCCGCAUUAACAAUAAUGUAAAUACGAAUUUCUUGGCGAGCACUGUUGCUCGAUACUACGAGAACAAAUUCCGUUUGCCCACAGUACUCUUGGCAACAGCCUACCCGACGUUAGCGCGGAAGUUUUUAAAACUUUUCAACUAAAAAUAGUGUCGAUUCAGUUACGUCCAGAGAAUUUUUGCACACCCAACAUUUUCAAGACGCUGGUAUUAGCGUGGAAAUCCAUAAGUAACAGUCAACAACUUUUACUAAAAGUAUGCAAACAUCAUUUGAAACGGUACAAUUAUAGUUAUCAAGUGUAGAUAAAAUAUCGACAGACGCGCAGCUAAUAAAGAUAACUUUAACGAGGUGAAAAUCUUCGGAAACCGUGAUACCAGAACUUUUAACCAAUUAUAGCAUUAAAACAGUACCUCGUGUGUUGUACCACCGUACUGUAGUGCCGGUAAGAGACUCCCGCUUGAAGCACAACUGCAGCAACGAGAACUAACUGCAUGUGCAUACAGUUAUAAAUUUGAAGUUUUUUAAUGCUGAUCAUAGGCAUUUCCAGUUUAAUUUAAACACUUACUUUGGACUACUAAUAAAAUGGCUACUUUUGGUGCGCUCGACUAUGCAAUUGUUGUACUUGUGCUGAUCAUAUCAGCCGGUAUCGGUGUCUAUUAUCGUGUGACGGGCGGAAAGCAGAAUACCACUAAGGAGUACCUGCUUGCCGGACGCCAGAUGUCAAUUUUGCCUGUCGCCUUCAGCCUUAUGACUAGCUUCAUGUCCGCCGUCACUCUGCUGGGUGUCUCGAUGGAAAACUAUCAGUACGGUACUAUGUUUGUGCUCAUCAAUAUCUCGUACAUCUUGUCCACACCUGCAGCUGCCUACCUCAUUCUGCCAGUUUUCUUUCGACUGAAAACUGCAUCCGUCUACGAAUAUUUGGAAUUGCGAUUUGGCUAUGCCACCCGACUAUGCGCCUCUCUCGCCUACACUGUACAAAUGACACUCUACAUGGGCAUAGUUUUGUAUGCACCAGCACUAGCGCUUGAGGCCGUAACAGGGCUGAAUCAAAAUUUCUCAAUAAUUCUCGUCGGUGUAGUGUGUACCUUUUAUGCCACAUUGGGUGGUAUGAAGGCGGUGCUUAUCACGGAUAUUUUCCAGUCGCUGCUAAUGUUUGUAUCCGUGUUUAGUGUCAUAAUUUUCGCCACGAUCAAAGCGGGCAGCUGGGGUGAGAUUUGGCGGGUUGCGUAUGAAGGUGGUCGCAUCAAUUUUACGGAUUUCCGUAUCGAUCCAACAGUGCGCCAUACUUUUUGGACACAAAUAAUUGGCGGCAUAAGCACAUACUUAUCCGUGUAUGGCGUCAAUCAGACGCAGGUGCAACGUUUGUUGUCGGUGCGCAAUCUAAAAGCGUCGCAAGCUUCUUUAUGGUGGAAUUUACCAAUUUUGAUGCUUUUGAGUUGCAGCACCUGUUUCUCUGGACUCUGUAUGUACUACUACUAUAAAGACUGCGAUCCAUUGCUGGAGGGUCGUAUAUCCUCACGUGAUCAAUUGAUGCCACUUUUCGUCGUAGAUACAAUGUCAGACAUACCCGGAUUGUCGGGCCUAUUUGUUGCGGGUAUAUUUUCGGCAAGUUUGUCAACAAUUUCAUCUGCUAUUUCCUCUUUGGCUGCUGUGACUGUGGAAGAUUAUAUAAAACCAUUGCUACUGUGGAAGACCAAACAAACGCUGAGUGAUUCAAGAAGCACAUGGUUUUCCAAAAUUUUCAAUCUAAUUUACGGCGCGGGAUGUAUCGGUCUGGCAUUCCUAACAGGUUCGCUAACUGGUGUUCUACAGGCUGCGCUUUCCAUUUUUGGCAUUAUAGGCGGUCCCCUUUUGGGUCUAUUCACGCUCGGCAUGUACUUCACAAGCGUUAAUCAAAUGGGCGCAAUAACGGGUCUCAUCAGCAGCCUGGCAUGUUGCUUUUGGAUUGGUUUUGGUCAACCCAGACCUACGCCGCUAAGCUUGGAAUUCUCUACCGAAAGCUGUCCGGCGACGCCACCAACAACACACAUCAGCAACAUCUUCACACAACAACUAUCAACGGCGUUAGCAGCGGAGCCACAUUAUUUCUAUCUUUAUCGUAUCUCGUAUAUGUGGUAUGCGACUAUUGGCUUUCUCGUCACGUUGUUCAUGGGCUUGGUAUGCUCCUGGCUGUACGCCAAGCUGGGCUGGGAUUCGAAUGCACACAUCUACACUGACAGCGCGUGCACGACAAUCAAAUAUGAUCUCUUUGUACCGCCAAUAGCGAGACGGUUGCGCAAUCGACAAGUGCCCGUUGUGGUGGUGACGGGAACGAGCUCUGAGAUCGGUGGUGGAUCGGCCACACCCAGCAACAUGGAAGAUGAGACACCAGCAACAAGAAUUGACACAACUGUAACCGAUCUUAGCAUGCAGAACCUCGAGAGAAGUGAAAAGCAUGAGAAAAUGCCAAAUAGCAGUGGCGAUGCGGUUUUGCAAAAUGGCAGCAGGCAACACGUAGACGCCAUAUCUUAAAAUAAAACGCUGCACUUUGUUUGUUUUCAUUACUAGCAAGAUGUGGCAGCAAUUUUAAUUUUAAACAAAGUUUCAUUUCAAUUUAUUGCAAUAAAUCAAUCCGCUAGACGUAGCCAAUUGAUUUGUUUAUUUAUUUAUAACAAUAAUGUGUCUACAGGUAAAUGAGUUUAUGUGCAUGAGUUACCGUGAACCUAUGACACAUUUAUGCUGUACCUAGAUUGUAGUUACCUGAAAGUGGUACUCAUAGAUAAUGUUAUAUUAAAUAGUAAAAAUAUUUGUGAAAACUAACAACAAGUUAGUUUAACAGUAUUAUGAGAUUUACGCAAUGAGCGCUGCGUCACAAUGUAUUGGGAGCUGACACCAACCCACCACUUUCUAUCAAUUUUUAUCUUAUCUAUUAGCGACUUAAUUGCUGCCAAUUAUAUUUGAAAUAAAAUGCACACAACAAUUUA